GUUGUGGGAAUGUGUUUAAUUUGGAUAUUGUGGUCGACAGCGCGGUGAUUCCCGCGGUAGAUUUACCCAGACCGGGGCUCACUGACAAGGAUGCUUUUGGUUGGACACUGAUUCAUUUUGAUGAAAGGACACUUGUGGAUUCUUCAGGGAGGUAAACAGGUUUUAUUUCAGCAUGUCCCGGAGGAAACAAGCGAAGCCACAGUAUGUUCUCAUCGAUCAUACAAUGGAGAAUGACCCCACUCCAACCUGCAAUGUCCAUAUUUGUGAACAAUGCUGUGCUGAAUUUUCCAGUAUAACAGACUUAUACCAACAUCAGAAAGACUGUUUGAAAGUUCUAAUAGUAAGUGAAAACGAAAGCCUAGAUUCUCCACCUUCUGGCCUAACAAUUAAUUCACCAUUCUUCAACACUGAGGAGCAUUUGGAUGGAGUGACAAGUAAUGACACUAAAGAGGAACUUUGUGACUUUUCUAUUGAUGGAACAUCAGUGGAAGUUGAUGAAUCCUUACAUACAUUUGAAAACAACAGUCAUGACACGGCCAAAAAGUCUUAUUUACAUAAUAAUAAUGAAAACAGUGAUAAUGCUGAUGGCUUUAGCUUAGCAUGCCCAGCUUUACUACCCCAAGAGAAUACCUUACUUGAGUUAUGUAAAUCAUCAGCCAUUAACAGCAAUGUCUUCAUUGAGAACCUAGAAAACACCAAAGUUGCUGUUGCUCAGUUCUCACUCGAAACUAGUUUAAAUCCAAAGACAAGUUUCAGAAAUGCUAGCAACAGCAAAAUGGCCGUUUCUGGUUUGAUUGAGCAGCUGUUAGCACUGCAGCAACAGCAGGUGCAGCAGCUAAAACUAAUUGAAGAAAUUCAACAUCAAAUAAUGCUAUUAGCAGCCCAAAAUUCUGAUACACCUGUGGCCAAAAACACCUAUGGUGGUCUGUCUCAAACCAGUUCACUGAUAAAACUUAGCUCACACCUCUCUGAACAACAGACAGCAGCUGCGGGGCUUGUAGAAAACCUAGCUACUACUGCUAAACAGUCUAAACAUGUUAUUUCGCAAAACGCCCAAGAUGGCUUAAAGGGUGAUAAAGGAAACUCCCAAUUGACUGAUGAAAACAGAGGCAACCCUUUGCCAUCAAAUGUUGGUAGUGAUCUGUGUAGCAAUCAGUCUUUGCAUGGUAACGCACUCAGUGAUACAGUUGAUGGCACAGCUCAUUUAAAAUCGCCUUCACAAUCUCCUGCUUCAAUUACAGGUGCCAUUCUAAACAAACUUGAAUUACCCCAUAAACCAAACAGCAUUAAUAUUUCUGCGAACUCCUUGCCUAGUUUUGGGGCAAUUGUGGAGGACCUGAAUGCUUUGACUGCCCUAGCCCAACAUAGGAAAGCCAAACCCCUCACUGUGAGUUUAUGUGAACACAAGAGACCAGCUGAAGAUUGUACAUUCAAGCACAAAUGCAGGUUCUGUGCUAAAGUAUUUGGAAGUGAUAGUGCUUUGCAAAUACACCUGCGUUCUCACACUGGAGAGCGACCCUACAAAUGUAACAUAUGUGGAAAUCGAUUUUCCACCCGUGGAAAUCUUAAGGUCCAUUUCCAUCGUCACAAGGAGAAGUAUCCUAACAUACUAAUGAAUCCUUAUCCAGUUCCAGAGCAUUUAGAUAAGGUCCCAACCAGCACAGGUAUUCCAUAUGGCAUGUCUCUGCCUCCUGAGAAGCCUGCUCUCAACUGGUUGGAUAGUAAACCUUUAGUGGGUAACUCACUUGGCUUUAGGCUUCCAUCAUCUUUGCCAAGUCUUCUACCCAUCAUUAAAAAAGAGGAGGAAGGGGUAACAGUAACUAAACCUUAUAGACCUGUUGUCAGUGAGGUGUGUGAGAGAAGUAAUGGGCAUCAAGAGGGAUUUGGUUGUAGCCCUCCUCUAAUUUCAAAUGAGAAAUUUCAAGAGGUUACACAACCCUUGAGUGUUGCUAACUUACUAAGCUCCUCAGGGAAAGGUUCCAGAGAUGACAUUGCUAUUAAUACCUCGGUCAGUACAAGCUUAAUAACUGAGUUAAAAUCAGAGCAGCUUGAAACCAAAUUUCUUUUUGGAAGUCUUCCAAAUACUCCUGGAGCAUCUGAGACUUCAAAGCUGGAGCAGUUAGUAGAGAACAUUGACAAGAAGUCGUCUGACCCAAAUGAGUGUGGAAUCUGCCACCGGGUUCUUAGCUGUCAAAGUGCCCUUAAAAUGCAUUACCGCACACAUACUGGAGAAAGGCCAUUCAAAUGCAGAGUGUGUGGACGGGCUUUUACAACCAAGGGCAAUCUCAAGACACACUAUAGCAUUCAUUGUUCCAUGCCACCUCUUAGAAUACAGCAUUCUUGCCCCAUAUGUCAAGACAAGUUUACAAAUGCAAUGGUUCUACAGCAGCAUAUCCACAUGCAUAUGGGUGGUCACAUUCCUAAUGUCCCAUUGCAUGAUAGCUGUGCAGAACCCAUGGAUCAGGAUGCUGAAUUUGUAGAAGGUAGGACCUUGGAAGAGGAUACCUUGCCCAGUGAGAACAUGGACAUAAUGGAAGGUGCAUCCUAUACAAAAUACCCAGACUCUUUACCGGACAGUCUAUGUUCUUCACCUGCUUCUUCUGAGCUCACCAGAGCAACUGGGUCAGAGAGUCAGAUUGCAGUUUCGAAUGUGGAGAAUUUGUCAAAGAUCAAUAAGUUGACUAUGGGGAAUGGAUCAGUGGAUGGAGAUUGCUUAACCCAUAGAUCAUCUUCACUAGAUAGUGACCAUGAGAGUUUAAGGAGAAGGAUUUCGGCCAACACUGAGAUGACACCCUACUGGAACCCAUCCUCCCCCAAUGGCUCUGCUUAUGAAAGGCAAGGAUACACUACAACUGACAGAAACCUGAAAUCUGCUGAAUCAAACAGCUCAAGCCUACAACCCAAUCUUAUAGUGUCUAGGUUACUAGAUGGAGAUAUACCAAAAGAUAGCUUGACCAUGAUUUUUCCCUUUAAUGAGCAGGGAUCCCUGAAAAGCAAUGUUUGUGAUAUCUGCAACAAGACAUUUGCCUGUCAAAGUGCUUUGGAUAUUCAUUAUCGAAGUCACACCAAAGAGCGCCCAUUCAUCUGCACUGCAUGCAACAGAGGGUUCUCAACCAAAGGUAACCUUAAACAGCACAUGCUUACCCACCAGAUGCACGAUUCACAGUUGUUUGAGCCAGCAAAUCAGAUCCUGAUUUUUUCACCAAACCAGUUUCUACCCUCAGUGGAACCAAUCAUUCCCUCAAAAAGAAUUGAACACAAUGGGCUCACCAAAAAAGAUCCUAAAGAGUCACCCACAGGUAUAGUUAGCUCAGCAGCUUCCACAUUACCUGUACUCUCUACACCAGCAUUAACAGCAACACCACUUCGGCGAACAGCUAAACAGCACUUCUGCCACACUUGUGGAAAGACCUUCUCUUCUUCAAGUGCACUGCAAAUUCAUGAAAGAACCCACACUGGUGAGAAACCAUUCUCCUGCAACAUAUGUGGACGUGCAUUUACCACUAAAGGAAAUUUGAAGGUUCAUAUGGGAACUCACAUGUGGAGCAGUUCUCCGGCCAGACGGGGUCGCAGACUUUCUGUUGAUGAUCCAUUCCUUAGAUCCAAUUCCGAGCGAUUCCAGGACUCUUCCCCAAAAGAUGUUGUGGGUAAAGUGCGUAAUGGAAAUUCCUUAGGCCUCUGGAGCCAGUAUACCUCUUUCACUAAUGGUUUUGGUGUGAGGAUUAAUGAAAUACCUGUAAUUCAAAAUGGUGCCAUACCUCACCUCCCGAUUUCUGCUGGGCAACUGGAAAACAUAGAAAAAUUGCAAUUCAACAGAGCUUUACCUUGGCUCGAGAGAUUAAGCGAAAAUGGUGCAACUUUUAAUUUCCGGCAGUUGGUUGAAGACAAUAAAACAACAGUGACAAAUUGAAUUUCGUCUUUUAAGAUGCAAACCCAUGCAUUCAAAUGUGAUGCAAUUUCAUAUGUGUGUUCUUUCAUUAGGAUUUUUGUACAAGCAUACCCUAUUUAGUGACAUUAAUACAAAUUCUGCUGUUGGUUAAUUUUCCCUAGUUAGAGCAGAUCUUCACAACUGAAGUAGUGUUGAUUGUAUUGUAUAAAUUUGAUGUUUUUUGUUGUUUGGUGAGGAACAUUAUAAGUAUUGCUAAU